AUGGAAUGGGUGUUGCCAGAAAAAAAGACAAUUGAAGAAUAUGCUUUCUUUCUUAGCCCUUGGAAUGGUGGUGCUGCAAUUAAACCAGAGUCGUGGGCUUCUGCUGCUCAACCCCCGUCAAAAUAUAAGAGAUAUGAAUAUGAUUAUGAAGGCUUCCGUUACAUUACUGAUGAUAGUCAAAAGGGCGGGUUUUUUGGUGCAAACAUGUGUUUGGUUCUUGUUCAAUGCUCACCCUUUUGUUUCAUGUGGGCACAACUAUCAUUUGUAUCUCCAUUUGAUGUGUGUGAAACGGUGGAUUAA